AUGGGCAAGCUCGAGGAUAACGAGAGGGUGAUCCUCAACGUGGGGGGCACCCGGCACGAGACCUACCGGAGCACGCUGAAGACCCUGCCGGGGACCCGGCUGGCCCUGCUCGCCUGCGAGUCCCAGAGCGAGUCGUCGGGCGGGGAAGAGCAGCCGCCGCCGCCGGCUCCCCCGCCCCCGCCUCCCCCCAACCUGCCCCCGCAGGUGCCGGGCGGCUGCCCGGAGGCCAGCAGCGGCGGCAGCCCCCGGACCAGCGGCGGCCCCAGCGAGUUCUUCUUCGACCGGCACCCGGGGGUCUUCGCCUAUGUGCUCAACUACUACCGCACGGGCAAGCUGCACUGCCCGGCCGACGUGUGCGGGCCGCUCUUCGAGGAGGAGCUCGCCUUCUGGGGCAUCGACGAGACCGACGUGGAGCCCUGCUGCUGGAUGACCUACCGCCAGCACCGCGACGCCGAGGAGGCGCUCGACAUCUUCGAGACCCCCGACCUCAUCAACGGCGAGCCGCCCCUCGACGGCGACGACGACGACCUGGCCGCCAAGAGGCUGGGCAUCGAGGACGUGGGGGCGGCGGCCGGGCCCCCCGACGGCGUGGGCGGGCGCUGGAGACGGCUGCAGCCCCGGGUGUGGGCGCUCUUCGAGGACCCCUACUCCUCCCGGGCCGCCAGGUUCAUUGCUUUUGCCUCUUUAUUCUUCAUCCUAGUUUCAAUUACAACCUUUUGUUUGGAAACCCAUGAGGCUUUCAAUACUAUUAUAAACAAAACCGAGCAUGCCAUCAAUGGCACAGAGGUGGUUCUACAGUAUGAAAUUGAGACAGAUCCUGCUCUGACGUAUGUGGAAGGAGUCUGCGUGGUGUGGUUUACAUUUGAAUUUUUAGUCCGUGUUGUUUUUUCACCCAAUAAACUUGAAUUCAUCAAAAAUCUCUUGAAUAUCAUUGACUUUGUGGCCAUUCUGCCCUUUUACCUAGAGGUGGGCCUGAGUGGGCUCUCCUCCAAAGCUGCUAAGGAUGUGCUUGGCUUCCUCAGGGUGGUGAGGUUUGUGAGAAUCCUGCGAAUCUUCAAACUCACCCGGCACUUUGUAGGCCUCAGAGUGCUGGGCCACACACUCCGAGCUAGCACCAAUGAGUUUUUGCUGCUGAUAAUAUUCCUGGCACUAGGUGUGUUGAUAUUUGCCACCAUGAUCUACUAUGCUGAGCGAGUAGGGGCCCAGCCCAAUGACCCAUCUGCUAGUCAUCACACACAGUUCAAAAAUAUCCCCAUUGGCUUCUGGUGGGCUGUGGUCACCAUGACUACCCUUGGGUAUGGGGACAUGUAUCCUCAGACUUGGUCAGGCAUGUUAGUGGGUGCUCUGUGUGCUCUCGCUGGGGUGCUGACCAUAGCCAUGCCCGUGCCUGUCAUUGUCAACAAUUUUGGAAUGUACUACUCCCUGGCAAUGGCGAAGCAGAAACUUCCAAGAAAGAGGAAGAAGCACAUCCCUCCUGCUCCUCAGGUGAGCUCCCCUACCUUUUGCAAGACAGACUUGAAUAUGGCCUGCAAUAGCACACAGGGAGAUGUCUGCCUCGGCAAAGACAACCGGUUGAUGGAACACAACAGAUCAGUGUUAUCAGGUGAAGACAGUGCAGGAAGUGAGCAGCCACUCUCACCUGGGGAAAGGCACCUACCAAUCAGACGCUCUAGUACCAGAGACAAAAACAGAAGAGGGGGAACAUGUUUCCUACUGACAACAGGUGAUUACACGUGUGCUACUGAUGGAGGGAUCAGGAAAGGAUACGAAAAAUCCCGAAGCUUAAACAACAUAGCUGGCUUGGCAGGCAAUGCUCUGAGACUGUCUCCAGUAACAUCACCCUACAGCUCACCUUGUCCUCUAAGACGCUCUCGAUCUCCCAUCCCAUCUAUAUUGUAA